CCCACCACAUAUUUUUAGUGGAAAGACAUUUAUGAUAACUCUUGAAAGAAAGAGUAGAUUAUAAAACACCAUAUUCAAUAUGGUCACUUUUAAAAAAAUGAUAAUCUUCAGAUUGACCAUUUGAUUAUAGUGUUGCAUUAAAGUUAAACCGUGGUUUAUGGCAGCCCAGAGCCUAGCUGUCUGGUUUUUGAGGCCACACAGUGCCUUUGGAGGUGGGAGGAAGAUCUGGAGCCAACUCUAAGUCAAGGAGCCCAGCUUUCAGUCUCCAAGCCACAGCGUGGCUUCUGAUAUUUGCACGGACUUGUCAUAGGGUGGACAUCCUGACACACUUCGGAAAGGAGGGACCACAGCUCAGAAAAAGUUUCCUUAGAAGGCUUACACUGUAGCAACCCCAGGAGUGCACAGAACUUGACACUGAACAGCAUGGCAAAGUAGAGAAAAUACAGAACUGUGCUAUGAUGUCAUCUUGUUUGUUCAUUCAUUCACACAUUACUGAGCACCUACAUGUGAUAGUCACCUUGCUUAGGCAACAGAAAUACUAAGGUGACCAUGAGCUCUUCCAGGAGCAGACACAGACACAGGUAAUGGAAACAAUGUGAUGAGGGAUGUAGCAGAAGUACAUGAAGCCUGUAAACCACUAGAGGAGGAGAAGGUAAGUCUUCACUAGAGGUGGCUGGGUCCUGAAUGAUGGAGAUGGGCAAUUUCAAAAGGAAAACAGAGAAGUACGAAAUAGUCAUAAUGAUGGCAGCUACCUUUAAAAAAGUAUUAUUUUGAGGUUUGACAGUGUAGACUAUAGUCCUAGCUCCAUCACUCAUUGUAAUCUUUAUUAUCUUAGUUUCUGUACUUCUUAAUAAUAACACUCAAGCAACCCUAUCACUUAGGCACUAUUAUCUACAUUUACAUAUUAGUGCCUAGGUGACAGGGUUGAGUGUUACUAUUAAGCACUUGCUACAUUCCAUAUCCUACAUGUACAUAAUUUCUCAUCUUAACAACAACCUUGAAAGUAGGUUUCUUCAUUAUACAAAUGAAGAAAAGUGACACUUGGGUUGAUCAUGCUCAUAUGGAUUAAAGGCUGGCAUAGGGAUUUGGACUCCUGUCUUUCUGACAUCUAAGCCCAUGGCCUUCCUAAUAUUUCGUGUCUAAUGGGGCAGGAACACUGAAUGCAGGCAGAAUGAAGGCAUAAUGAGAUAAAGACAUCUUUCUGACAUUUCCUUUCUGGAAAUGUCUGGUUGGUUGGCGCAUAUCUUGGCAGACCUGCCUGACACCAAAUUGGCUCUUUCUAGAAGUGUGGUCAUGAGUUUCACCAAGAGACUGUUCAUGAAAUCCUUCAUGAAUGUGUUUCCCAUAGGGCAGGUGGAAAAACUAAAGCAUGACUUUAACUUUGGAACUCCUAAAAACUCAAUAAAAAAACAAGCCAGUAAACAAAGGGGUGAGGGUGCAGAAGACUUUAACAGACCUUUCACAAAAAAAUAAAAAAUUAAAAAAUAAAUGGCAAAUAAGCACAUGAACAGAUGCUUAACAUUUUUAGUUACCAGGGAAAUGCAAAUUAAAACCACAAUGAGCAACCACUACAUACAUACCCAAGUGGUCAAAACUAAAAAGUACAAAAAAUUAGAAACUUCAAAUGCUGACCAGGAUGUGGUACAAUGGAAACUCAUAGUUUAUGGAAACAUAAAAUGAUACAUUUUGGAGAAAGGUCUGACAGUUUCUUAUAAAAUUAAACAUACACCUGCUCUCUGACCCAGCAAUUCCACUCUUAAAUACCUGGCCAAAGGAUAUGAGAAAUACACGUCUACAAAGGAGCUUGCACAGACAGCAGCCUUGUUAAUAAUAACCAAAAACUUUAAAAGUGCCCAUCAAGAGUUGAAUGGAUAAAUUAAUAAUACUACGCAGUAAUAAAAAGAAUUGUGGAUACAUGCAAGAACAUGGAUGAUUCUCAAAAACAUUCUUCCCAUGAGAAAAAAAAAGCCUUACACAGUAUACAUACUAUAUGAUUUCAUUUAUAUUUAGUUCUGGAACAGAUUAAUCUAUUGUGGGAAAAAAUCAGGGUACUAACUGCCUCUGGAAGGUGAUAGAGGAGCAGGGAUUGACUAGGAAAGGGCAUUGCUAAUUUUCUGGGGUUUUAGGAAUGUUCUGUAUCAUGAUAGGAGUUCGGGUUACAUAGGUGUGUGCAUUUGUCAAAACUCAGUGAAUGUGUACUUUGGAUUUGUGCAUUUCACUGUAUGUGAAUUUUACAUGAAAAUGCAAUCAAAUACUGAACUCUAGCUAAUUAUAUGCAUGCUUAACUACUUAAAGGAAAGUGUACUAAUGUCUGCAAUUUACUUUGAAGUGCACCAAAACACAAGAUGGAAUGAUGGAUGUAUAGGCAAAUAUGUGGUAAAGUACAAGUAUAGUAUAAUGUAAAUAGUAGAAUCUAGGUGGUGGAAAAUAGGUUUAUUGUAACAGGUGCUCAUUCUUUCAAUUUUGUUUGAACAUUUUCGUAAUAAAAGAACCACUUAUUUGGGGGUUUUGCAGCAAAUGGAGACACUGGAAGCUAAGAGGGGCAGGAGGUUCCUCUUACUUUGGGAAAUGCAAAUUAAAACCACAAUGGUUUUCCCAAAAGUAAUUGACCUUUUUCAGUCAAUGUUUCCUCAACUAUCAAAUGGGUAAAAUGGCAGUGGCGGAGCUUCAUAUUAUUAAGCAUUUCCUGGUGGGUGGAAACGCCAUGAACUAGGUGCGGCCUCAAGCUGGUUACUCGCCCUGCCUACUCCAUCUCGUGUCCUCCCAGUAGCCCCUUAGACCCACCAGCUCUGAGGGAAUCUUCGCGACCUGCGCAGGCGGUGGCUCUGAUAACCGCAUCCCGGUUUCCGGGACGACAGCGGAAGUCACUUCUCACACGCCUUUCUUAUUGGAUACCGGCUUUUCAUGGGGCCGAGCGCCGCUGGGUAGGCGGAAGUAGCCGCAGGCAUGGCGGCGGCUAUGCCGCUUGCUUUGCUGGUCUUGUUGCUCCUGGGGCCCGGCGGCUGGUGCCUUGCAGAACCCCCACGCGACAGCCUGCGGGAGGAACUUGUCAUCACCCCGCUGCCUUCCGGGGACGUAGCCGCCACAUUCCAGUUCCGCACGCGCUGGGAUUCGGAGCUUCAGCGGAAAGGAGUGUCCCAUUACAGGCUGUUUCCCAAAGCCCUGGGGCAGCUGAUCUCCAAGUAUUCUCUACGGGAGCUGCACCUGUCAUUCACACAAGGCUUUUGGAGGACCCGAUACUGGGGGCCACCCUUCCUGCAGGCCCCAUCAGGUGCAGAGCUGUGGGUCUGGUUCCAAGACACUGUCACUGAUGUGGAUAAAUCUUGGAAGGAGCUCAGUAAUGUCCUCUCAGGGAUCUUCUGCGCCUCUCUCAACUUCAUCGACUCCACCAACACAGUCACUCCCACUGCCUCCUUCAAACCCCUGGGUCUGGCCAAUGACACUGACCACUACUUUCUGCGCUAUGCUGUGCUGCCGCGGGAGGUGGUCUGCACCGAAAACCUCACCCCCUGGAAGAAGCUCUUGCCCUGUAGUUCCAAGGCAGGCCUCUCUGUGCUGCUGAAGGCAGAUCGCUUGUUCCACACCAGCUACCACUCCCAGGCAGUGCAUAUCCGCCCUGUUUGCAGAAAUGCACGCUGUACUAGCAUCUCCUGGGAGCUGAGGCAGACCCUGUCAGUUGUAUUUGAUGCCUUCAUCACGGGGCAGGGAAAGAAAGACUGGUCCCUCUUCCGGAUGUUCUCCCGAACCCUCACGGAGCCCUGUCCCCUGGCUUCAGAGAGCCGAGUCUAUGUGGACAUCACCACCUACAACCAGGACAACGAGACAUUAGAGGUGCACCCACCCCCGACCACUACAUAUCAGGACGUCAUCCUAGGCGCUCGGAAGACCUAUGCCAUCUAUGACUUGCUUGACACCGCCAUGAUCAACAACUCUCGAAACCUCAACAUCCAGCUCAAGUGGAAGAGACCCCCAGAGAAUGAGGCCCCCCCAGUGCCCUUCCUGCAUGCCCAGCGGUACGUGAGCGGCUAUGGGCUGCAGAAGGGGGAGCUGAGCACACUGCUGUACAACACCCACCCAUACCGGGCCUUCCCGGUGCUGCUGCUGGACACCGUACCCUGGUAUCUGCGGCUGUAUGUGCACACCCUCACCAUCACCUCCAAGGGCAAGGAGAACAAACCAAGUUACAUCCACUACCAGCCUGCCCAGGACCGGCUGCAACCCCACCUCCUGGAGAUGCUGAUUCAGCUGCCGGCCAACUCAGUCACCAAAGUUUCCAUCCAGUUUGAGCGGGCGCUGCUGAAGUGGACCGAGUACACGCCAGAUCCUAACCAUGGCUUCUAUGUCAGCCCAUCUGUCCUCAGCGCCCUUGUGCCCAGCAUGGUAGCAGCCAAGCCAGUGGACUGGGAAGAGAGUCCCCUCUUCAACAGCCUGUUCCCAGUCUCUGAUGGCUCUAACUACUUUGUGCGGCUCUACACGGAGCCGCUGCUGGUGAACUUGCCGACACCGGACUUCAGCAUGCCCUACAACGUGAUCUGCCUCACGUGCACUGUGGUGGCCGUGUGCUACGGCUCCUUCUACAAUCUCCUCACCCGAACCUUCCACAUCGAGGAGCCCCGCACAGGUGGCCUGGCCAAGCGGCUGGCCAACCUUAUCCGGCGCGCCCGAGGUGUCCCCCCACUCUGAUUCUUGCCCUUUCCAGCAGCUGCAGCUGCCGUUUCUCUCUGGGGAGGGGAGCCCAAGGGCUGUUUCUGCCACUUGCUCUCCUCAGAGUUGGCUUUUGAACCAAAGUGCCCUGGACCAGGUCAGGGCCUACAGCUGUGCUGUCCAGUACAGGAGCCACGAGCCAAAUGUGGCAUUUGAAUUUGAAUUAACUUAGAAAUUCAUUUCCUCACCUGUGGUGGCCACCUCUAUAUUGAGGUGCUCAAUAAGCAAAAGUGGUCAGUGGCUGCUGUAUUGGACAGCACAGAAAAAGAUUUCCAUCACCACAGAAAGGUCGGUUGGCAGCACUGGCCAAGGUGAUGGGGUGUGCUGCACAGUGUAUGUCACUGUGUAGUGGAUGGAGUUUACUGUUUGUGGAAUAAAAAUGGCUGUUUCCUUGGU